AUGGAGUCCCAAAAAGGAUAUAUCUGCGGCGCUGAACUUCGAAGAUUUGUACUGUUAAUCGUUGGGUGUGCCGUGCAGAGUAGCCGACGGAAACUUUUCAUCCACCGUAUCCAGAAACUCGACCCACGUGUCCAACAGGGGCUCGCCAGGCAGAUCGCCAAGCUAACCGCCAGCUCCUCCCAAUCGUGCCAAUUGGUGUGCCCCCGAGCCUGGGAAGUUCGCGCCGAGAUUACGGUAGAUUCGGGCGACUACGAAGUACACCAAAAAGACGAAGCCACGCCCCCUUCCCCACCGGCUACUGUAGUACCCCUUCUAUUAGUGCUUGUGGAGAGGCUGGCCCUCGAAAGAGACCAUUUGGCUGCCGCCCUCCUCGACAUGGCCCACGAACAUGAAUCCGAUGAGGGCAGCAGCACCACCGGCACCAAUUCCCUAAAUGGUGACCUGCCGCAAAGGAAGCCGAACGGUUACGACCGUCGCUCCCCAUCACCCACGAUUCUGGAUCGGCAUACCAACGUUGAGCUGGCCUCGAUUAAGGCCGAGCUACGGAGACUACGUAAUGACGCCGAAGAAAAAGACGAGGAGGUGCACCUGCUUCAGGACGAGCUGCAAUUAAAGGAGAAAGAGAUCCUGAAGCUGAACAACGAGCGGCUCGAGCUCAUCCAGGACGCUAGGGAGGCGCGGAAUCUCCGGGAUGAGCUGGAGUUUUUGAACCAAAAGGUCUCAAAAGUCGACAAAUUGGAGCAGGACAACGCGAAACUACGCGAGAAGCUGAACGAGCUGGACUAUUAUAAGAGCCGAGUGCAGGAUCUGAAAAAGGAAUGCGAGGACCUCGAGGAAUCGUCCCGGAUUCUGGAAUGCAAGAUGGACGAGUUCCGGAUAAAGGGAAAAUCGAUGAACGAGGCGGAGAUGAGGCUGGCCGAUCAGCAGGAUUCGAUGAAGGAAUUGCACACCGAGAUCGCGGCGAAAAAUUCGAAAAUCGAGAAAAUGCUCGGGGACCAGACGAGGAUGGAGAAGGAGUUGGCAGAUGCGCUGGCCAGGGUGGCACAGCUUGAAAAAGACAACAUCAGUGUUGAUGGGUCACCCCGACUGAUGCCCGGCUCGUUAGCCGACCAAAUGGAGGAGAGCAGCCGGAAUGAGGUGGCCCAGCUGAGACUUCAGAAUCAGAAAUACCGACAGCAAAUCGAAAGCCUCGAGGAGCAGAGCCGCGAAAAUAGCCUCUCGGUGUCCAACGUGGAGACGGAGUCCCGUCUCGACGAGUGCGAGAAGCUACUCGCCGAUCAAAGGGAGGAGAAUGACCGGCUGAAUCGGCAGAUCGGCCAGCUGGAGCUGCACCUCGAGUUGGCAAACUCGGAAAAGUUGCAGGCUGCCGACCGCAGUGAAGCGCUACGAAUCGAGCGUGAUGAAGUGGAGACGACACUUCGAGAAGUUCGCCGAAAUUUCGCCACCCUCCAGCAUGACGUCGAAAGGAAGCAGGUCGACAUCGAAAAUGCGAACUCGAAACGCCUCGAAUCGGAAUGCAAGGAGAUGUGUCGGCAGCUGGAAGAAAUGCGGCUUGAGGUCGUCGAAAAAGAAAGAAUAAUCGGCCGCGUCCGCGAGGAGCAGAAAAACCAGCGUGCGGAAAUGGAUCGGCUGGAGGACGAGCGGAAGGCGCUGGAGAUGACCAACUCGCAGACGGAUCGGCAGAAAAGGAUAGCAGAGACGGAGAGGAAUGCUUUGAAGGAGAAACUCGAACGGCUCGAGGACGAGGUGGAAUCCUCGCGCUUCCGGCUGCUCUCAACGGAAGACGCGCGCAAACGGCUCGAAUCCACCGAACGGGCUCUGGUCGAGGCGCAGAACAAGUCGGGCGACUUGGAGCAGGAGAAUCGAGCUCUUGCUCAUCAGCUGGAGCUCGAGUCUCGAAAGGUGCAACAACUUCGCGAAGAUCUCGUUGGCGAGAAGUCUCGCGUGGCGGAUCUGAUUGGUCGUCUACGAUCUGUCUGCACUGGAAUUGCUGUCAAUGGCGGGAAAAUCGAGGCUGAUAUCGAUGAUGCGAAGCUAAUCGAAUCGAUCGACGACGUGAUUAUGAAAGCGCUGAACGCGGCGCGGCGCGAAGCGGACACGUUGCGUAUCCAGCAGCAUACGCAGAUUGCCGAGUUGGCUGAUCUGAGGAGGGACAUCGAGAAGCUCAGGAGAGCUGAAAACGCAUCACUCAACGAAAGUGACGACCGGGUCCGGGAAUUAAGCAAGGAGAAUGCCAACGCCAAGGAACAGGUUUUCCAACUGCAAGAGCGUCUCCGCGAGCUGCAAAUCGAAAUCGCGACCCGAUCUGCCGAGACGGCGUGCGCCAAACGAGAAGCGGAAGAGCUCCGAACGACAAAUGUGAAUCUCAACAAACUACACAACGAGCUCGCCACGUUGCAGGUAUCGUUGCGGAACGCGCAGCUUCAGGAAGAGCUGCUGAAGCAGGACAACGAAGAGCUCCGCACCCAGGUCGAUCUGUCGGAGCGGAUGAAGCGGGAGGCUAAGCGCGAAGCGGACCAAAUCGCGGCGCUGCAUCAAUCCCUUCUAUCGGACCACGAUCGUCUCCAGUCUCUGCACGAUAUGCUAAAUCAUGAUUAUGAAAGGGCGAAGGCCGAUAUGGCAGAGGCGAAGAGGAGGGCGAGACAGCAACCAACACACGAAAAGUUCGGCCAAUCGGUCAACGCCGAGCUGGAGGAGCUGCGUGUCGCCCUGCGGCAAGAGAGGACGGCCCACGAUCGUCUCCUUCGCCAGACGGCCGAGGGACAGAACGAGAACGGGCAGAUGCGGAGGGAUAUCCAUGCUGUUAGGAAAGAAAACGAGUGCCUGGCGCGGAAUUGCGACGAUUUGAACGCCGAGAUCUAUAAAAUGAGAAUGGCCGAUCAAGCACAAAAAGCGACGAUCAAGAAUCUGAACGUGUCGAUGGAAGCGUUAAGCCGACAACUCGAAGGGAAAGAAAUGGAGUUGGCCAAGCUGCGGAACCGCAUUGAGAUGCUCACCCAGCUGAACCGCACGCUCGAGGAGGAGAACAAGAAUUUGGGCCGGCAGCUGGAAAUGCUGCUUCAAAACAACAAGGAUCUUCUGAAUCGAGCACUCAACGAAAAAGAUAUUUAUCACCAGGAGCAGAGGGAUUUCCAGGAAAAACUGGCAAAUCUACGGCGGCAUAAGGAGAAGCUGGAGGAGAAGAUCAUGGACCAGUACAAAGCCAUGGAAAGCAAGAAGAGCCGAGAACAGGAGAGGACGACACUCGUCAAGAGGGCAGCAAAAGCAUUGAUACCGAAGAAAUCGCGCUCCGACAAGACGUCCACCGGCUCCACCUCCACGGAAGACACGCUCUCUUCAGAUGAGCACGGCAGGCUGGAGGAAGAGCUGGCCCCGACAUGCUCAUCCAGCGAGGACACUGAUCGAAUCUCGCCCCGCCUGUUCGAGCAGCCCUUCAGAGCGUGUCCCUCAACUUCAUCCCCUCCACCGGCCCCUCUACAGCCAUUCCUCCGCAAUCGUAAUGACAUCAUCGGCGGUUCGGUCCGUCUGUUCCCAGUUGUUCGUCGUCCCCUCGAAGAUCCUCGACGUGCCCUCCGCCCCUCAGGAUUCAGCCUCCAGAAUAAUACAGUCACUCCGCAACACUCCGCCCAGCCCUCACCGAUCGCCCCGAGAAUCAACACGGAAUCGCCGAUUUCGCAUCACCAGCAGGAACGUGGCGUGGACAUCCCCAACGCCGGCCCGGCGCUGCCCCCAAAAAUCCCGGUGCGGAAUACCGCCAAUACACAAAGUCUACGCGCCCGUCCGCCGCCACCUCCCUAUCAAUCAAAGCUCAAGGCCAAGCCGCCGCCUCCGUAUAUUCAGCCGAAAAAUACGUUGCAAAGCGACACGAUCAGCGUGAAUUCUAUGACGUUCUCGCCGCAGAUGACGUCGACGCCGAAAAGUGAUCGAAGUGGGAGUGGGCGAAUUGUCAAGGAAGGCGAGACCCGCACGUUUAUUCGCCAAAAAGAGGAGCGGGACCAGAAAGCGAUGAGUCUGUACGAGAAUGUGUCCCGCGAGGAUUUGCGCGAUGUUUCGAUUACGACGAACACCGGCGCCAUGCAAUCUACCGACAUCGCUCCCAAAAAUGAAAAUGGGAACGAGAGCACCGUGUGGUACGAGUACGGAUGCAUC